AUGUCCAGCUCCGGGUCAGGAAAACGUGGUCCCUUCCGGGUCGGAAACACCCGCUCUACAUUCUCUGACCCAGUGAUCUCGACGGACGACAGCGAGGACUCCACCGACAACUGGAACCAGGAAGAGAGCGAGAGCUCCGUUUCGAUUGGUGGCGGGAGUGCGGCGCCGGCGCCCAUCGGCGGCGGGGUGUUUGGGGGCAGCAGCAGUGCGUCUGCUCCAGCCCCCGCGGCUGGUGGCUUUGUGCCGAACGCCUGCGCCGGCGUCGGCUUCAGCAUGCCCGCCGCGGGUGGCGGCGGCGAGGAGGACGAGGGCGGUGGGACCAGUGCGGGCGCGGGCGCGGGCACCAGCAGCCUCUUCCCCACAGGCGUCGGAGCCGGUGGCAUGCCGGCGGCGCCGGCUGCUUCCUCCUCUUCCACGCCUUCGCUCGGCGGCACCCGCGCGGCUUCGCCCUUUGGCGCUGCAUCAUUGGCGGCAAACCCAUUCGAGAGCAGCGUGCCAACGUUUGGCGCCGCCGUGGCGCCGGGCUCGUCAGGCGCUUCCGGUAGCCUCUGGAGUGCGGGAGGCUUGUUCGGAGCACCUGCGGCGGCGGCGCCCGCCGCUCCGGUGCCAACGGGGGAUCUCUUUGGGGCGAUCGCCGCAGCAGGUGGGGAUCUCUUUGGGGCUGCUGCGGCGCUGGCCAGCCCCGCGGGGCUUAAGCUGCUCGCGGCGGCCGCGCGCGACGAUGUCGCUGCUGUGCGCAGCGCCCUCGAGGAGGGCGCCAACGUCGAGACCACUGGCGAAGGCGGCAACACCGCGCUGCACUGGGCGGCACGAGAUGGCCGGCCAGCGUGCGUCAAGCUGCUGCUCGAGGCCAAGGCGUUCCCGGACGCGCGCAACGCGCUCUGGGUGACGCCGCUGAUGGCCUCUUCGGCGAAUGGGUGGGACGAUUGCGUCGAGCUCCUCCUCGGCUUCGGCGCCGACACGGCGGCCCGGACGCUGAAGGGGCGGCUCGCGCGCGACUUUGCGGCGGACGGGCUCCGCCAGGCGACGGCCGAGGCGCAGCCCCGCUUCAAGCUGGCGUCCGCUCCGGCGCCGAGCGCCGCCGCCUCAUUCAUUUUCACGCCAAAGUCUUCUCUCACCGAUUCAGCGCCCGCGCCGUUCAGCUUCGCCAAGCCUCCGACAGCGUCGCCUUUCUCCUUCGCGGCGCCGGUCGGCCCGGCUCCAGCAGCGCCGGCGCCGGCGCCCGCUGCUCCCUUCUCCUUCGCCCCCCAGAACCCGGCGCCGCUGGCCCGGGCCCCACCCGCCGCCACCAAGGCUGCCGCGCCCAGCGCGGCCGCGUCAGAGGACCUGAUCAACGCGGCCGAGAUGGGCGACCACGACGCGCUCGUCAAGGCAAUCGGCGACGACACCCAAACGGGCACCGGCGUGCUCGACCUCGAGCGAAUGCGCGGCGGCUCAUCCGGCCCGUGCGACCUCACCCUGGCGUACCCCGGAGGGGGAGAGGACCUAGCGGCGCUCCUACGGCAGAUGCUCUCGCCGGAGCAGCAAGACCGGCCGACAGCGGCGGAGGUGGCGGACCGGCUGAGUGCGCAGCUCAACCAGCGGACCUGCCUCUUGUGCCACUGCCCCUACCCUCGCGAUGAGGGCCUCGCGUGCCCCGUCGCCGGCGCCGCGCACUUUACCUGCGACGGCUGCAUGGCGGCGCACGUGGCGCAGGCCGACUCGCUGGGCGGCGACGCGUUCGACCGGAUCGUUUGCUGCGACAAGCGGUACACUGGCUGCACCGGCAGCUUCUCUUGGCAGGAGGUGAUGGGGCACGUGGACGCGCUCUCUGCCGAGACGCUCCGCAAGCACCUCAGAGACGCGGUGGCGGUCCAGCAGCGCGAGGCGAUCGAGGCCGAGUUCAAGCAGCGCGAGGCGGAGAGGGAGGCGCGGUCAGAGGUGGAGAGGGAGGCGCUCAAGGCGAGGCGCCAUAUCGAGGAGGACAUCAUGGCGCUCAAGUGUCCUCGGUGCGGGCAGUGUUUUGGCGCAUUUGAGGGGUGCGCUGCGCUCACUUGCUCGCGCGCGACCUGCAAGGCGGGCUGCCGAAGCCACCUGGAUACCGGGUACAGUAUGGACGCGCAUCAGCACGUGCCAGUCUGCAGCCUCAACCCGAGUCGCUCUCACUACAUCGACGUGGCGGACUGGAAGCGCAUUGUAGAUGGCGAGCGGGGCCGCAAGCUGGAGGAGUACUGGUGCGGCUUGGCCGUCGAGGUGCAGGAGAAGCUCGCGACGGAUGGCUGCGUGCGGCAGAUCUUGCGCGAGCUUCGCCUCGGGCGCCUCUGUGCCACGACGACGAGCCGCUUCGCAGCAGGCCUCGUGCAGUUGCGCGGUAUGGGCUUCUCGGACGAGCGAAAGAUGCGGACGAUGCUCGACACGAAGUUCUGCUUGCCGCCAACCCUCACCUUCAGCUGGUACUUCUUGCUGCCCCUCUGCUUCGGGCAGAAGAAGAGCGCAGCCUGCUCGGCGGUGGCGAAGCGGCCGAGGAAGACUUUCUUGCCUCCAACCGUCACGUUCAACUGGUACUUCUUGCUGCUCGGGCAGAAGGUCACGCCUUUGUAG